CCUGUACCACUAUCAGUGCUCUCAACAGGCUGAGGUUACUGGUGUGACUGGUGUGAGUGAGCGUAAAAUUCCAUUAAGAUGUGUUCUCAGUUGCAGGUGGUGCUGGUGGCUCUUUCAGUCCUCGUGUUGGUCAGUAGAGUCAGUGCAGCUCCCAGAGGAGACGUACUGACCCAGCUGCUGCAGAAUGAAGCAGAUACCAAAGAGAAUGAGGACAUUUCCCGCAUGCUGAUGCUGAAGCUGCUGUCUGAGCUGGAGGUGGCAGGUGAAAAUGAGGUGUUAUCAGGGGCAGAUGUGCGGAACGAUGUUGUGCGUCAGCUGCCCUUCUCUCAGCGGGAGCGCAAAACAGGCUGCCGCAAUUUCUUCUGGAAGACCUUCACCUCCUGCUAACCACACCGCCACUAAAACCACCACCACCAUGCAGUAUCUGCCUCACAGUUUAUUCUCUAUGUUGAAGAGCAUCGGAGAGUACCUCUGUCUUUACUGCUGUAGAUUAUAUAACUCCAGUUUUUGUACACCUGCACUGUUUGAUUACAGUAAAUGACACUGUUGUUCUGUACCUGAACACCUCCAGAUUUAAUGUUCAGGGGUUUGGCUACAGUGGGGACAAUAUGUUUAUGACUGGUUGUGUUUAGAAAAUGUCUUAUAGGAGAUGAUGUGAAGCAGCUCUAUCGAAUAAAUAUUAAAUGUUGUUAUGAUUGUCA